AUGACCGAAAGGAAACAAAUUAAAGGUACUCAAGGAGAUCAGGGGCAUCCUGGACCUAAAGGCGAUCAGGGCCCUCAAGGACCCAAGGGCGAUCCUGGUGAAUCCAUCUCAGCUCCUUCUAUUGUGUCACCUCCAGUGCAUAUGGUUGUAAACGAAACUGGUAUAGCCACAUUGCAGUGUGAGGUUAAAGGAAAUCCACAACCACAGGUCACGUGGCUGAAACAAAACUGCAGUCUUCUCGCUGAUAAACGAAUCGUCGAAUCACGUGGUGGAUUAAUUAUUGGAGAUGUGACGUCACAAGAUGGCGGACUCUACACUUGUAAGGCAAGAAAUAUACUUGGCGUUAUUACAUCAUCCGCAGCGUUAACUGUGCAAGGUACAUAAAAAUGCCUACUUAGCUUUAACUUGUCUUAAUUCAAUUGUUUAUGAGCCUUUCGUAUGUGCGUGUUAUCAAAAAAUUAGUUCAUUACAAGGAAAUUAUACAUUGACUUCUGGCAAAAGCAUCUCAAGAAAGAGAGCGCAUGCAGGUCGGCAACAAAAAAAGCUGGCUUAAUUCUUUGUUGUGUAGUUAAAUGCAUUCAAAUUUUUUGAAGUAUUUUAAGAUACUAAAUUGUUCACACACUGUCUCUGCAAGUGCCAGGGGCGCCCCAACGACAAUUUUCGGAAAAUAUCUGUUCAGAAGACGAUUUGAGAUCUAGAAUUUUCGGAGCAUUUGUUGUAAAAUUUCUUGCUUGCCUGCCUUUCCUAGGAUUUUCGAACAUCUAAAAAAUGGUAUAAUUGCUUAUAUUUAACGGAUUUUUACCAUUAAAAGGCCCCGUAGAAUUUUCAGGAACCUUUUUUCUGGCUGAAAUUUUCGGAAAGGUAAGUUUUGAUCCCUAUAAUUUUCGGAUUACUAGACUUUCAGCUAGGAAAUCCGAACAGAUGAAAAAUGUUUAGGGGAUAAAAAUAUGCCUAUAUCUACCGUUUAAAUAGCAAAAUACGUUUAACAAUGCUAUGUUUAAGUGGUUUUGAACCAUAUUCUCGUUGGGUGCCCCUGAUGAAUGUUCCAGUGACAGCUGUAGUUGUAGAGUUACAAUUAUUUGCUAUCUCUUCUUCAACGUCGUUGUCAUUACCACCGCGUUUUCUCACUGCAUUUUCAAUUACGAACGUUAGGGGCAUUUUAUCAGUGUAAAAAAUGAACUGCAAAGCUUGACUUCAGUUGCUUACUCGGAUGUUUGGUAUGAUAAACUGACCAUACCUGUUGCAUUCUUUUGUAGUUGGUGCCGUGAUCACUCAUAAACCCUUGUCUAUCAUCGUCGAAGAAGGGCAAAAGGCGAUUUUACAGUGUAAAGCUAGUGGUCGCCCAACUCCCCGAAUCACGUGGCGAAGAGCAUUGAGUCACUUGCCCAAAGGGAAGACAAGGGUGGUUGAUGGCGAUCUGACCAUAGAGGGUGUGGCUAAAUCAGAUAGCGGGACUUACGAAUGCUUAGCAAAGAAUCUCCUGUGUCAGGAAUCAGCUGUCGCCAUACUAAUGGUGACUGACAAGCUUAAAUUCACCAUUACCCCUCCCCUGAAAGUUAAAGCGGAAACAUCAAGCGAUUUGAUGUUAAACUGUAAAGCUCAAGGUUCAACAGGAACUAUUUGGAAAAGAGUAAGGCAAAGUCUACCUCAAAACCACGUUCUAUAUUUUAAUGGCACAUUGCUACUUCGGAAUUUGAAGCUGAAUGAUGCUGGCUCUUAUAAAUGCGUUUAACGAAACUCCUAGCGUUCUAUUGAGGCGAUGUCUGUUGUUGACGUGGGUGAGUAUUUGAUCAAUUAAAAAUUAACUAGUUAAUGUAAGCUUCUCAAAAUUAACAAAAUAUGAUAACAAAAAGAAAAAACAGGUUAUUUAGGGCCUGUUUACAUGGAGGUAGGGGACCCCAGGUAGGUGAGGUAACCCGCUUAGGUGGGGCAACCUGCCUUUCCACUUAAUCUCUCAUUUUAAUUUGGUAACGUUUACAUGAUAGGUGGGAUGACCCACCACAUGUUACCUCACCUAUCUGGGGUCCCCCACCCCCAUGUAAACAGGCCUUUAGUAAAAUGGACAGUUUUUUCAUGAGGCUUACCGUUUACCGGGCUGGGAAGGCAUUUGCCGCUAUCAAUAGACAUUGCCAUUGUUAUAGGAAAUUAUAAUUAUAAUUUCACGCCCUAUGAAAUUAACGCAAAUUUCAAAAAGUUGCGUUAAUUUAAGCCGUGUUAAUUUUAUCAAGCAUUAAUUUCCGUGCCGUUAAAUAGGUGGAGCGCUAAUUUUCCGCAACCUUAAUUGCCAUUAUCUUUUUGGCUCCAAAUUCUCGACUUUAACUCUUUUAGCGCCUUAACGUACGAAGGGGAUCAAGCGAAGAAAUCUGACCACUUCGAGGGUUGUUCACAGUUUCACUGUUACUGGCGGAUCUCCUCCCUGAUAAAAUACUCCUCUUUCUUAGGUGUCAAGAAGAUCUGAAGUGCAUCGAGAAUUUGGGGCCAAAAUAAUGGAAAUUAAGGUUGCGGAAAUUAGCGCGCCACUUAAUUAACGGCGCGAAAAUUAACGCUUACAAAAAUUAACGCGAAUUAAAGAAGCACGAACUUUGCUUUGCUAACUUUGUUCUUGUUCUCUUAACAAGCUCUGUUUCUUUGUGAACAUCGGGUUUAUUUCCUUUAUUUUGAAAUGUUACCUUCCCUCGCGCGUCAAUGUCCUUUAAUGAAAAGCCGUUUUCCACUAAAUUCGUGAUAAUUUAAGUCGCGUUAAUUUCCAAUACCUUGGUUACUGAUAAUGACAGAAAUCAAAAAAGGAACAGCAGACGCGGUAGCUCAGCUAUUUUGGCAGAACUGGAGAAAUGAUUAUACUACGUAUGAUGAUAAGAAUUUGGCCGAUCCACCGCUUAGAAACAGAGAAAGAAUACUUCAACUUUAAUACAAUCUAGACAACAGAAAAAGGAAUAUCGUAUAGAUAAUGAAAACAAUCUGAAAUGUUAUGGCCAGAGUAAAACAAAGACAGAUAUAUAAUAUGUUAAUUAUAAUUAUUAAAAUCUAAAUUAUUGGAUAAUGCAAUUCUAGAGCUCUGAUUGGCUUAUCCAUCAUGGUAUAUUGGCCCUUAUACCAACCCUUAUACCAUGCUCUCCGAAUUAUGGUCAGUGUACGCGUCUGCUCAAAAUUAAAAACAAACUGAAAAUCGGUUUUCUUUUCCAAAAAGGGUCGGGAAGAAUUCUCGAUACUUUGUGGGCGUUUUUCAUAAAACAAUUAUUCCACUCGCGCUUGUUGGAUAUAUGACAUCAUUAUAGCCAGCUCAGCGCUACUCGCCUCGUCGGCCAUCUACCCUCUUAUAUCCAAAGCGCACUCGUAGAAUAUUGCUAAUUAGCAUGUACUAAAACAGUACUCAACCUCCGGAUAUCCAGUGCUAAUCACUUAUUCACCUCCAGUUCCUCCGAGCAAGCGAAGUAGCGUCUCCUUCAAAACCAUAUUGAUACAAUUAAUUUAAGGUGGCUCGAUACAGUUUUUCAGGGCCAAUACCUCCCAAGUUUGAGCAUAAACUAUGUCGCCAUAAACAAAGUUUUGGAAAAAUUGCCACCACAGUUGUAUUAGAUAAAGAUGAAAAUUUGUUAUGAUCAGGGUUGCAACGGCAUCGGAGUUGUCAUAGCAACGAAAUGACGCUAUUACCUAUUUUACUUGCAGCAGUGUAUCUGAGAACUGUUCUUCCAAAAUCGUUCACGGGAGCUUUUUCCUCCAAUAGCAGCCUCGAUGUUCGUGAAGUUUAAGCGAAAUCUGUCCGAGCGUUAUCGAGAUAUUUUGGGAUGAAGUUUUUAUGAUUAGAAACAAAGUAAAAAAUGGACAAUAUUGUUGUUUGGCCGUUAUCUGUAGAGAAUGAAGCGCUUUUGACAUGCAAUUUCACCUGAUAGUAGUUUCAAUCUUUUUAAAAACGUGUGUGAAAGAUCAUGGAGAUAGCUCCAGCCGAUUGCUAGAAAGAAGGGUUUUAUUAUAACGAGCCGCACGAUCUUAGCAACCAAAAAAAACGCCUCAGUAUCCAGCUGAGAUAGCUGAGUAAAAGUCAGCUAUCUCAGCUGGAUACUCAGUAGCUUGCAACAUUCCCUAUUCCAUUAAUCUCUGAUCGUAUUUCGCAUCUAAUAUGAUAGAGGCGUCCAUUUUCACGCAAUCAUGUCAUCAUCCUAGGGCGAGAAAUGUAAUUAAUUAAAAGCUCGGUAUCUAACAAAAUGUACGGCUUUGGUUUCGGAAAAAUAAUUCAGUGCCGUCUAAAAAGAAAUAUAUUUAAGUCUGCGGUCGAUCUCAUUGCCAACACAGACAAAAACGAUUAAGUACAUUUACAUUGAUUUAGUACGACGAAAUGAUAGGAUAUCUUUCUUUCUACGGGUCGAAAUACUAAACGUGUUAUAUAUCCUAGAAGCGCUCAGGCAUAAUAACAUCAUGCCAGGACUUCUACCUGGAUGAAAAAGAAAGGAUAUAGAACAACUACCUAAUUCUUUUUUUACGGCUACGGGUCGAAAUACUAAACGUGUUAUAUAUCCUAGAAGCGCUCAGGCAUAAUAACAUCAUGCCAGGACUUCUACCUGGAUGAACCAGAAAGGAUAUAGAACAACUGCCUAAUUUUCUUUUUUUUCGGCUACGGGUCGAGCUGCUACACGUGUUAUAUAUCCUAGAAGCGCUCAGGCAUAAUAAUAUGCCAGGACUUCUACCUGGAUGAACCAGAAAGGAUAUAGAACAACUGCCUAAUUUCUUUUUUUUUUUUCGGCUACGGGUCGAAAUACUAAACGUGUUAUAUAUCCUAGAAGCGCUCAGGCAUAAUAACAUCAUGCCAGGACUUCUACCUGGAUGAACCAGAAAGGACAUAGAACAACUGCCUAUUUUUUCCUACGCGUCAAAGUUCUAAACGUGUUAGCUGAUUUUGCGGUGCGCAAGAAAGGAUAAUUUACCCGACUUGUAAACAGAUAUUUCCUUCAGCCGAUUGUGUCUCAUGCAGGAGAAUGUCAUAGUGUCUGUGUUGUUUUGUUUCUACUGAAGUUUAAUCAAAGAAAGCUUAAGCGAAAAUAGGGAGAUCGCAAUUUAUACUCUUACGAACUAUAAAUUAGGGCUGACCUAGAAGACACAUUGAAUUGUGUCGCCAUCCUUCAAAAUAUAAUCUGGCUGGGUUUAGAGAGACAAUUUCCUCUUCCAUCCAGAUUUACUUGGUAUGUGUGUUUGCGAGAAUCUUCAGACAAAGAAUUGGGUAGACACUGAUUCGAAUGGCUUGGCGAUACUAAGUGCUUAAGUCUACUUACCGAUUACAACAUGUUUUGGAAGUAUUGAGAAGCGCGCCAAACGAGGUUGUCACAGCGUUCUCGAGCGAACACGGCGCGACUUGGAUUGAUAAAAUUACCAUUACAUGCGGCUAUCAUGCCAGUGAUUUCUCCUUUCGUCGCAUAGUGAAUAGUUUGUGAGCACAUCCUCGACUCUCGAAACAUUUGUCUUGCGCCGCUAUAGAAGUUGCUUCUCCCGCGAACCAUAGGUAGAUUUCCCGCUUAACAUAAUGUUUGAUAAUUUAUGCAAAAGUUGACCUCGUGAAAGUCAGCAGUGCAAUAAUCGACUCAAAAAUAAACAGACUUCCUUCAGGAUUUUGAACACGGUUUUAAUUAAAGUACUUUACGAGCGCUGCGGUAGUUGACCGCAAAAGUAUUACAGUGAUGGAUACUCAACUGGAUGAUUACGUCACUUCAUAGCAACCAGACGGUACGAAUUUUUUAACUUCCGGAGCGCUGAGGCUCGUAGUGCAGUUUUGUAAACAUUUUGGUCUUCUUUAAAAAAAUAGCGAAUAAUUUUUAAACCGCUCGAUAGAUUUUUUUUAAAAUUUAAGAUUCUUGAGAUUAAACUUUCUUUUAUAUGACCUUUUAGUUUCAAGAUUAUUGAUACAUUGUAAGGCAGUAAAAUAAGGGCUACAACUCGUUACUUUUUUAUCGGAAGUUCCGUUAUUACAAGUGAAAGCCUCUCAUUAUUCAAGGCAUUGUCUCCAAGUUUCAUUUUCACGUGAACAACAGUAACUAACAAUGCAUUUGACAUAUGCAAAAAUGCUAGCUAUUGUUAUACGCGAAAAUAUGAAACUUGGAGACAAUACCCUGAAUAAUGAGAGGCUCACAUUUGUAAACACAAAAUUUCUGCCAAAAUAUUGGCGAAUUGUAGCCCUUAUUUUACUGCCUUACAAUAUAUCAAUAAUCUUGAAACUAAAGAGUCAUGUAAAAGGAAGGUUAAUCUCAAGAAUCUUAUUUUUUUUUAAAAAAUCUAUCGAGUGGUUUAAAAAUUAUUCGCUAAUUUGUUAAAGUAGACAAAAUGUUCAAAAACCGCUAACAAAAGCGCCUCGAUACAUACUAAUCAAAUCCUUCUUUCUAGCAAUCGGCUGGAGCUAUCUCCACGGUCUUUCACACACCUUUUUAAAAAGAUUGAAACUACUAUCAGGUGAAAUUGCAUGUCAAAAGCGCUUCAUUUUCUAUAGAUAACAGCCGAACAUCAAGAUUAUCCAUUUUUUACCGUAUUUCUAACCACAAAAUCUUGAUCCCAAAAUAUCUCGAUAACGCUCUUACAGAUUUCGCUUAAACUUCACGAACAUCGAGGCGGCUAUUGGAGGAAAAAGCUCCCGUGAAUAAUUUUGGAAGAACAGUUCUCAGUGCCGAGAAAUACUUCUGUAAGUAAAAUAGGUAAUAGCGUCAUUUCGUUGCUAUGACAACUCCGAUGUCAUUGCAACCCUGAUCAUAAAAGAUUUUCAUCUUUAUCUAAUACAACUGUGGGGGCAAUUUUUCCAAAACUUUGUUUAUGGCGACGUAGGGCGCUUUCCAUUUACUCAAAAUUUCCGGAAUUUCCGGUUCGGCGGUAAAUGGAACACGUUUCGUCGGUUCGUCCCACUGGAAAAUUCCCAGAAAAAGUGGAAAAUGUAAAAAGGUGGUCCCGUUUUCCCGGUUGGAAUUUCCGAACGGAAUCUCGUGUUCCAUUUACGUUUCUCGUAGUUUGUACCAGUUCCAGGUCCACGGUCGGGCACCGCCACGUACCGGGGUUUACGACCAAAUGGAACAACGUUUUACCAAUCGGAAAUUCCACUUUUGCUACCACCGAAAUUUCCGGGUUUUUUUCCUAAAUGGAAAGCGCCCGUAGUUUCUGCUCAAACUUGGGAGGUAUUGGCCUUGAAAAACUGUAUCGAGCCACCUUAAGCACUCUCGUCUCGCUGACAUAAGUAUGUAGCCUUCUUAACUUGAAUACGCUCAAAUUUGUCAAUAGCUUUUGAUGAGAAAGGUGACCAAACUUGGCGUACAAUAAAACAUCUUGAAUGUUACCAUGUCCUUCCAACCUCUAAUGUCCUUUCUAAUUCUCAUCAAGCCUAAAAUUCUGUUCGCUUUUCUCGCAAUGGCAUCAUGACAAUUCACAUGGAGAGAUGAUGGUUGCUGCAGAAUUCAUUUGUUCCUCCAAGACAGAACCGUUUAAGGUCAUAUUUGAUACGAUUGGUUGCUUCUUCGGAAUAAUUCGCACUAACUUGCCUCGCUUACAUCGAAGGUUAUCCUGUUAAGGUGGCCCAAACCUAUUUAUAUGGGUGUUGGGUAUGCUUUUAAAUCGCAUUUUUCAGCAGGAACGAUUUAAGCGAUUUUCGCAGCACAAAAUUCUGGUCAAAAUUAACCCUAAAAUGCUACGCUAACACAUUGGUGAAAGCUGACGAACAAAUAGUCAGAGGAGGAGUGCCGACGCCUAUCUCCUAUCUGAAACGGCACUCUCAUCCAAAGAUUAAUUGCAAGAAACUGGGUAAUCAGAAACCUGGGGCGAAUACGGUUAGCAUUUCAAGAAGAAGAACUUUAAUUAUGAUGAAUGCGGGUGAGAAAAAAGAACUUCUAUUUAUCAAAGUUACUUUGUAUUUGCCCUUUUCGUUUCAAAAAACUGUCUCAACAAAACAAAAUAUAGCAACUACGAGAAACUCUAAAGAGUGUUUAGCGUCACAGGUUCACGUUUUGAGGAGAAAUGGAUCCAUAGUUUCAACGUUCUCCUUGGCAUUUUGCUUGAAAAACUGGUAGCUUUUCAGUUCUACAUCAAGGGAGCUUCACCCCGGGUAAAAAUUGGCUAUUGGCUGCGGAAGCUUCUUGGCACAAAUUUCGAAACACGUGCGAAGGAGGAUACCUAAAUACCGAGCCAGGACUUCGAGCCAGGACUCCAGUCACGACGUAUACUAGAAAUACGUCAUCGCAAAAAGCUCGCGAUGUUGUAAAGGGUUAGCAGUAAGAAUAAAGGGAAACAAGCCAAAGGGAAAAAAUAUGAACAAAAAAACGAAAACUAAACAGAAAAAAAUGUCCAAGGAAAACGAAAAUGGUCACAUCGAGAGUUAAACCUACACCUUGACCACCUUCUACGCGAGCGGCCGGCUCCAAGACCACUGUGGGCCACGCUGCUGCUGAAUAACUAAUUACGUAAAAUUAAUAGUCUUAAACCAUUUUCCGGAUUUAUGCAACUUAUGGUCAGAAGAGAUAACUGUAUGCAUGACUACAGGAGUCGAUUCAAGUGAGAAAACAUUUCAUACAACUUCCGGCGAUGAAUGGAAAUUCUCAUGGGACAGCAAAACGAGAACAAAAACGAUGGGGCUGAGACAUAAUCGACUGUUUAUAGUCCUUUUUAUAUAGAAAAAGGUAGAUCAUAUUGAGACAGACUUCCAAAAUAAUGCGUAGUGCGUAUAUUAAGCCACUUCAAUGUAAAAUAUGGACAUCAACGCAAACUCAAACUACACUUGUCUAGUCUUCUAUCAGUUGAACUUAUAAUUGCUAAAACGCCGAAAAAUGUGGUCACGUCAGAGGUCGAUCAGCUGUUGAUUAUUGUUUUUAUCACAGACAUCAACGAAUGUUCCAGCAAUCCUUGUUUAAACGGAGGAUCGUGUACUGACCAGAUUAAUGGAUAUGUUUGUAGCUGUCGGCCUGGAUACGCAGGAGCACAGUGUCAAACAAGUAAGAAAUAUUUUUAACGUAAUAUCUCCUGAAUAGUUUUGGCAGAAGUUGUAAUCCAUCUUUUACUUUUGCCAUGAAAAGUUGACCUCAGUUUCUCGUGUUGUACUUUUUACCACAGACAUCAACGAAUGUUCCAGCAAUCCUUGUUUAAACGGAGGAUUUUGCGUUGACUACGUUAAUCGAUAUGCUUGUCUAUGUCAGCCUGGAUACACAGGGACUAGGUGUCAAUCAGGUACGUGGGUAUUAGCAUUUAAGACACUGCAAAUGCUUGUGAGGGAAACAAUCCUCGUCGAGGAGGCUAUUUUACAUUCAAGAAGACUUCUUUCGUACGAGAAUGACGGGGAUAAUUCAUUGAUUGUCUUGUCGCAUUGUGGCUCCUCCAACUUUGGCCCAUCCCUUCCUGGUAAUUAUUCCAUAGUUCCUUAUACAAGGAAAAAAGGAUGGCGUCUUUUUCGAAAGCAUAUUGAGACAAUUUAAGUACUCUUCAUCGCUGACACAGUACAUAUUAAGUAGCCCAAAUUUUUCAAUAGUUUUUGAUGAGUAUAGGGUGACCAACACAACAUGGUGCAAUACAACACCUUGAAUGUUACAAUGUCGUUUCAACCUCUACGUGUUCUUCCUAAUUCUAAUUAUCAAGCCCAAAAAUCUGUUCCUUUUUCUCGCAAUGGUAUCAAUAUGACAAUUCACACAAAGAGAUGAUGGUUUAAGGUGGGCCAAGGCUGCGAAAUUCGUCAAUUUCCUCCAAGACAGAACCCUUCAUUUACGGUCCUAUUUGAUAUUAAAUAGUUGGUAAUUCGCACUAACUUGCAGUACUUACACCGAAGGUUAUCUUGUUUAAAGAUGACUCCAUGUUUAGUUUAUCGAGAUCCUCUUAAAACAUCAGCUGAUUAUUAGGGCAAGUUAUUACUCUAAAUGCCUUACAUUGGUCUGCAUAAAGUGCCACCGAUUUCCCUGGAGUGACCACCCCACGAGGAUCACUGAUAACUUAAAAUAAAGAAAACAGGGGCUCAAGAUUGAUCCUUGCGACAUACCAGACGGGAUUUUUAGCGCACAUGAGCAAUUGCCAUCAGCAAUAACCCCUUGCUUACGAUUUGAUAAUCGGGAACACCCUUUCACGAAGCCAUGCUGCCAAUCAGAAGAAAAGGUGAAUAAUUUUUUCCUGAUUUUUGCCCUAAACGAACAACCAUAUUAGGAAAUGGAGCUUUAGAUUUAACGUUCUCCUUGGCAUUUUGCUUUAAAAACUGGUGGCUCUUCAGUUCCAGAUAAAGGGAACUUCACCCCGGCUAAAACAUAGUUAGUGGCUGCGGCAGCUUCUUGGUAGGUAUAUCCCGAUUGCGCUGGAAAAUUCGCCACAAAGUGCUCAAGUGGUGCAAGAAAAUUUUUUAAAAAGUGCUUGAAAUUACGAAAUAGUGUUCGAAAGUUGCUCGUAGUUUUUAAUUAUUUCCUAACAGAUGUUCAUAGUUUCUUAGUUUUAUCAAAGCUUUAACCCCCGAUUUUCUAAUGGGUGACCAAACUAGAAGUGAAACGCCAAUGUUUUUUUCCAAAAUCGACUGUUCCCACGGUUAAAAGGAUUACAUUUUCAUGAAAACAGUCAGGCGACAAGGUGGAAUUAUUCAAAUUCGUGAUAAAAGAAUAACUCAGCUUACCGAAAGACAAAAUAUUGCAUUUAACAUGUGGAAAGUUGUAAAAAAAAGUGCUUAAAUGUUGCCCAAAAGGUGGAAAAACGCUCACAUUCUGCUCAAAAGUCAAGAAAGUGCUCAACAUUGCUGGGAAUUUAAAAUAGUGCUCCAGAUUCGAAAAAGUGCCGAAAAAGUGCCCAGCGCAAUAUAUCGCGACAUGCCUACUUCUUGGCACAAAUUUUCAAAAUACGUGCGGGAAAGGAUACCUAAAUACUGAGCCAGGACGUCGAGCAGGGACUCCUGUCACGACGUAUACUAGAAUCUCGUUAUCGCAAAAAUAACGCGAAGCUGUAAAGGGUCAGCAGUGGGAAUAAAGGGAAACAUGCCAAAGGGAAAAAAUAUGAGCAAAAAACGAAACUAAACAGAAAAAAAAUGUGCAAAGUAAACGAAAAUGGCCACAUUGAGAGUCAAACCUACACCUUCACCACCUUCUAAGCGCGAAGCUAGCUCCCAGACCACUGGGCCGGGCCACGCUGCCGCUGAAUAACUAAUCACAUAAAAUUAACAGUCUUAAACCAUCUUCCCUGGUGAAUACAACUUAUGGUCAGAAGGGAGAGCUGUAUGACUAGAGGAGUCGAUUCCAGUGAGAAUACUUUAAAUACCACUUCUGGCAAUGAAGGCAAACUUUCAUGGGACAGCACAGCGAGAAGAAAAACGAUGGCUGAGACAUCAUCGACUAUUUAUAGUCCUUUUUAUAUAUAUAGAAAAAGGGAAGUCAUAUGGAAACAGACUUAGAAAGAAUGGUUCAUCUGUAUUAAGCUUCUUAAAUCAUCAACGCAGACUCAACUAUACUAGUAUUCUAUCAGUUGAACUUAUUGCUAAAACGCCAAAAGUGUGGUCGCGUCAGGGGUCGGUCACCUGUUGACUAUUGUUUGGGGACAACAAUCUUUUAAUGUUUCUAUUUAAAGUUGAGUAUUCCGGUGUUUUAAUUUUUUAUUACAGACAUCAACGAAUGUUCCAGCAAUCCUUGUUUAAACGGAGGCUCGUGUACUGACCAGGUUAAUGGAUAUGCUUGUAGCUGUCAGCCUGGAUACACAGGAGCACAGUGUCAAACAAGUAAGAAAUAAUUUUAACGUAAUGGACCCCUGAAUAGUUCUGGCGAAAGUUGUAAUCAAUCUUUUAAUAUUAUCAUGAAAAGUUUACCUUUCUCAUAUAAUUUGUACUUUUUGCCACAGACAUCAACGAAUGUUCCAGCAAUCCUUGUUUAAACGGAGGAUUGUGUACUGACCAGGUUAAUGGAUAUGUUUGUAGCUGUCAGCCAGGAUACGCAGGAGCCACGUGUCAAUCAGGUACGCACGCAUUAGCAUUUAAGACACUUAAUGCUAGUGUGGGAAAUGAUCCUCGCCGAGGAGGCUAUUUGACAUUCAAGAAGAGUUCUUUCGUAUGAGAAUGACGGAGAUAAUUCGUUGAUUGUCUUGUGGUACUGUGGCCCCUCCAACUUUGGCCCAUCCCUUCCUGCUAAUUAUUACACAGUUCCUUAUUCAAGAAAAAAAGGAUGGCGUCUUUUUCGAAAGCAUAUUGAGACAAUUUAAGUACUUUUUACUGCGAACAUAAAUUAUGUAGCCCAAGUUUUUCAAUAGCUUUUGAGAAGAGUAAGGUGAUCAAUAUACUGGAACAAGGCUCCGUAGUGGGGGAAAAAGGGUAAAAAACGGAUUUUAUAGAGGAAACAUUUCGGCGAGCGGUGGCAUGUGGAGGGGGAAAGGGCGGCGGAACCUGCUGGAGACAGGGCUUUGAUGCCUCCGUUUAUGAUACCAGAUUCUGGUAUCAUGCUCUGAUUGGUCAAUUGACGGUGCUGUAGACAGUAUCGCGCUCUUUCAAUAUCACGCUCCUACAAUUGGGGGAAAGAUUUUUUAAAACACGUAUUUCGAGCAAGCAAAAGCCCGCAACACUCACCUCAUUUUCUACUAUCGAUUAACAAAUUCAAAAGGUUUCCCUAAUACUUACGUUAUAAGACACAUGGCUAAUAUUUCAUCGUGUACUAUUGAGUUAUGGUUGCGCUUGGGAGGAUUGCUAAGCUCAGUUUUUUGACGUCAUCAGACCUCAUCAGCGUGCUCAUCGGAGUACGAAGCACUGUAGCGCUAUUAACCUGAGAUCAGGCUCUAUUAACGCGACAACGUAAGAGAGAAUGUAUGAAAGCAGCUAAAAUUGGGCCUGAUCUCAGGUUAACGCAAAGGUUAGCAGUAUUGAAAUUGAUCAGGUGAAUACUCUAGCUAUAGUUUUCUGUAGCCUCCCGUGCCUAUUUUGUAGCCAUAACCAAAAAUCAUCUUUCCUGAAACCACAUGGGGCUAGAGUGUUUAGAGUGUUUAGUUCCUCCUCGGUUGACUCUGUCCGUUAGUUGUAUUUGAAUGUCUUUCACUAUUAAGUCCUUCUCUUUAGAGAAGGAUAUUAAAGAGCACCCGAUCUAAGUUCCCGUGUCCGCCUGUAAUGUGAGAUUUAUGAUUAUUAGGCCUCAUUUUAAAUUUGUUUUUCUGUGGUUCCACCUCUUACUGAUAACCAUAGACUUUGCAUACUGAAAUAAACUGCAAUAGACGAGUUACAAUUCAUGCUAUAAUAAUAUUUUUUUUUAGACAAAACAGUAAGUGGUUACUACAGUUGUACCCCCAGCUUGAAGCGGCAAUGACCUUAACCUAAAUAGUUUACAAACUUCGCAUCUCUUCGUUCCACAUUUGUUCUAAAUGGAAUUAGGUCUUCCUGCCUUUUGCGACACUUGAUAUACUGAUCCCAUCAUGACGAGAUUCAUACGACUUUGAAAUUCACCACAGGGAGGACGUUUCAAUUUCCGGUGUCCUUGUAAAAACCUAAUUAGGAUUCAAUUAAUAGCCACUAAUCUGUCAUGACUUGUGUACUUUGCGUCACUGAUGGAAGACGAGCUGAGACGAAAGACAGAUACUAUUAUUUUGUAUCACAAUGCGAUCUCGCGCGAAUUUCAAAGCCGGCAUGAAAGUGGCGCGUUCGUCGGGAAAAGCAUCUUCAGUCUUUGGACCCUCGCUUGCCAAACAAAGGUAAUCUCGUACGCAGUAUCAGUGACCAAAUGGUUUUACCGACAGAUAUAAUUCAUGGCAAGUCAAAAUUUUAUGCUUUUUAUGUAGAGAUGAUGUUUGGAAGUAGCAGGGCCGAUUAUUUAUAGCUAUUUAUGAUUUGGUCGAUAGUACAGAUAGUACUGGCGCUCGAGUCAACCCAUCAAGGUUUGGUUUUUCAAAGAGGAAAGAUCAUGUUGUUGUCGUUUCAACCUUAGCACGAGCCUUUAACUUGCGCCGAUGAAAUGCAGACGAAAGCGGGUUUAAAGCGAUCAAAGAAGGACUAAAUUGCAGCUACUAGAAAAUAUAGCGGGAAGCGGUCAGAGAAGUCAGAGAAAGCGUUUUCGUCGUGCGGAGAAGAUCUCGAAAAGGUACUUGGUCGUGGAUUAAUGAAUUGGGGAAAUUAAAAUGAGGGAUUCAUUCGAGAAGCAAUAUCGUACGAUUUCCUGACGGUGGCAGAUGACCGUCAAGUCAGAAACUCGGGCAUUCACGUCGUUGUUGAUUAUGUAAGCUUAAAUGAUUUUUAUUAAGGGUCGCUGACUGGAUUUAGCCUGAACGGUGAUGCUCUCCAGCCCUUUUCAAUUUUCUAAACAUCGGCCGAAACUUGGUAAGUCUAUUUUGGGUUCCUUUGUAUCAUCUUCAAAUGGAUACCUAUUAUCAUGUUGGCGCAAAAACGUUUUAAGGUCGACAAUGAUCACUCGAUCAUUUCGUAAAUUCUCAAUAACUGCUAAUGAUGUGAAAGUGUAAUGUUCAUGGAGAAUGUUGAUGGAGAUCACUAUUUCUUAAGCCUGAUCGCAAACGAGUCAGAGUUAAGUUUUUAAGUGUGGAUCGUAGUGGAUAUUUUCAAUUUUAUCGAAUCCCUUUUAAGAAAACAGGAAAAAUUAUUUUGCGAAAGCCAGUGGCUAUCAACAGUCGGUAAAAGUGAGUAAAAUUUCAUAAACCAAAAAUUGAUUUACAGAUUAAAGCUUUAUUUCAUUUUGCACUGAUUAGAUCUGUGAAGAUGAUAGUGCAUUCCCCACAUUAAGUAAAACAGUUUGGCCUUCCUGAUGCAACAGAGCAGCUUAGCCUUUUUAGGCUGUGGCUCUGUGAGAAUUUUAUUCUCCGGGUGUCUCAGAGGGAACUAAAAACUCGCUUUCAGAUAUUGUUUGAAUCUCUGUCCAGCAUUAAGAAAAAAUGUUUGGCCUUCCUGAUGCAACAGAGCAGCUUAGCCUUUUUAGGCUGUGGCUCUGUGAUAAUUUUAUUCUCCGGGUGUCUCAGAGGGAACUAAAAACUCGCUUUUAGAUAUUGUUUGAAUCUCUGUCCAGCAUUAUGAAAAAAAGUUUGGCCUUCCUGAUGCAACAGAGCAGCUUAGCCUUUUUAGGCUGUGGCUCUGUGAUAAUUUUAUUCUCCGGGUGUCUCAGAGGGAACUAAAAACUCUCUUUUAGAUAUGGUUUGAAUCUCCGUCUAGCAUUAAGUAAAACGGUUUGGCCUUCCUGGUGCAACAGAGCAGCUUAACCUUUUUAGGCUGUGGGUCUGUGAGAAUUUUAUUCUCCGGGUGUCUCAGAGGGAACUAAAAACGCGCUUUUAGAUAUUGUUUGAAUCUCUGACCAGCAUUAAGAAAAAAAGUUUGGCCUUCCUGAUUCAACAGAGCAGCUUAGCCUUUUUAGGCUGUGGCUCUGUGAGAAUUUUAUUUAGUGUUUCGCUUACGUUUGUAUUUAACCCCAUCCAGAUCCAGUGAGGCCUUUAAAACAGCGCCUCAAUUUUAAAAGUUUUUUCAUAACGCAGUUUCCGUUUAGCGCUUGGUGUUAGUUCUGCCCUUGAAUGAAGUUUCCAUUGAAAAAGCCUUGCGUUCAGACAUAAAAUUAGGGAGAUCUUGUAAGCAUGAAUUGAAAUAUAUGAAAUGCGGAUGAAGGUAUGAAAGUGACCAUGAUCAUCGCAUUAAAUUCGCAGCCUAUUCGGUUGAAAAAUAAUCUGAAAUAUUUUGCAGUGUUAUCGCAGAAAGUUAGAGGUAAUAUUAUUCAUGAUCAUUGUUGGGGAAAAUACUCCGCGGCUUUAAAUUAAUAAUUUCCUCGAUGUUUUAAUUCCGGUAGUGUAGUAACCUUUCCGUUAAGGCAGCUUCUAAAACGCACUCGAGAAAACCGCACAGUCUCUGUGAACUCUCACUUUCACUUGCGAGAGAGGCAAAAAGAAAAUAGAGUGACAUUACUUUCAAACCAUUACGUGUUACCUUAGGCCGCGGUUUCAGAAAUCAUUGGACCUCCAGGCCUCUUUCUUGGUGGGUUAGUUUAAGAAAAUAAGUGCUUUAGUUUUCCAGUCUGCCUUAUAUGCUGUAUUGAAAUUAUUCACGAUAAAUGGGGUUUGAUAAAAGCGUUGGUUAAACAGAAAAGGGCUUAAUUAUGACGCGAUUUUGUAAUAUACCAGUUAAAUAACUGGCGCUUAGUGUUUAAUAAAUACAAGUAAACAAAAUAUACAAUGGAAAAUUCCCCAGUAAGAAGUGCGUAAAAUCACUCUUCUCGAAGUACAAUAAAUUUUAAGAGAAGCCACUACAGAGGCAAAUGCAUUCCGGUUCGGCAGAAAGACUUCCAAUGCGGCUAAUUUGUAGGUGAGUUUUUUGUUGAACCGAAAUCUUGUUGACGUACAGGAAUUCCGUUGAUAUGAGAAUUUGUCACCUCCAAGCAAAUGAGCCGUAAAAAGUUGAUUACUUCUACAGAGCUCCCCUACUGAUGUUCGCCUAUUGAAUAGGCGAACAUCAGCAGGGGUCUAUGCAGUUCAGUGGUUACAUUAUACGCCUGAAUGGUGUAAACCCUAUCGGAGACUUCUUAAGCUGGUUGUCACAUUGGAGCAAUGUAAACGAGCUUGUCUGCCAGGUUGCGCUGCUAUUGAAUAUUGGCCUGUGAGCAGGAUGUAAUGAAUGUCUGGAUCACACCAAGCGUAGACCAUUUACCGACACCUCUGAUAGUGUACACCACACGUGUACAUAAAACAAUAAUGUUAGUCACGAUAGCAACAUUAUCACCAACAGGUUGAUAAUAUCAACAUAUAUUAACAUACGCUGUAAGCGACGGGUUUUUUGUAGUCCCGCAAGUGGUAGUUUUCCUUUCAUUUAUGGUGGGUAAAGGAAAAACAGAGAUCAGUGAAGACAAAUACUAGGAAACUGAUCGGUCAAGUCAGAUCAAGUCAAUCAGAAAAUUAAUUAAUACAAAUCAUGAGUGCUUUUAAACAUAAAAAUAUAUUAAGAUUGUUAAGGAAAAGAAAAUUUUCAUUUUUGGUUAAUUUUGCACAGAGUUUGGGACACCUAAAUAGUUCAUAGAACUAACCUAGUUGGUGACCCAAAACAACAAAACGAGUAGAAGGAAUAUAGCGACAAAAUAGUUCUUUCAGAUAAAAAGUAUUACUUCAUUAAUUAAAUUAAUAGUAGUUAAAGAUAAUAUAAUCAUAAGACUUCAGGAAUUAAUAACAGUAUUAUAACCAUCAAUCAUAGAAUUCUUGAUAUUUGGCAAAAACUGGAAAACGGCUUGAUUUUCGGCUUAACAUCAACAGAUAAAGGAUUCCAAACGUUGGUACCAGUGUAACGGAGAGACCGAAUGCCGUAUUAAGUGGUAUGAACCGAUCAACAAACAGACUAUCGUUCUUGUGAUUGACGUGUAUAAUAGAAUGAAUGGAAGAUACUGGAUUAAAAUAAUCCACAAAACAAGAAGGGCUUAAUUUGUGGUACCACUGAUAAACAAAACAGAGAAUUUCAAGAUGAAUUAUUUAGAGAAUUUUUUUUCAGUUUUGAACAGCAACUUCUUUCUUAAAUUCCAAUUUAAACUGUAAACAACAAUUCUUUCGAAGGCUCAGCUAAGUACCUGCUAGCCAACAAAUUCAACCCAGAUAAGGCGUGGUCUCCAGAGCGCCGACCCGGCAUCUUGAGCAGUGUUGAAACUUCCGUAACAAGCGGACACCUCUAGGAGCCGAUGCCUGACACCCCUAGUAUGUAGAAAUCGACAAUGUGACAAUAAUUUGUUUGCUUUGUUUUGUUUUAACAACUUUAUUGGUCUAUCUAUAAAUAAGUAAUUGAAAAAAGGCAAAAGGUAAGGUGCAAGCUGGACCUCAGUAAGUCUCAGGCAGGACACCUCCCAGCUUAAUCACUAAAAAUCACCCUAAAAAACCUUAAGUGAUGCUUAUUAAAUCAUUGUGGCCAAUAUAUGGCAAACACAAUUACGUACUAGACCCCAUGAACAUGGUUUAUCGAGGUCGAAAGAUUUGCUUAUUCUAUCUUUGUACAAUUCAGUCAUUCUAUUCUUAAAAGCCUGCUUUGAUAGCCACUGGGUUGAACUACCUUCGAUUUGAUGCCCAGGCAGCCUCGAUUCCAGGCAAUAUCCGCUUCAGUUGUACAGAGCGUUAAAGCGCGGCAGCCUGACUAUUUAUUAUGUCUUAGUGAACAAAAGAGGAGGCUGUUAUCCACUGCUAAUUAGCCCGGGGAAGUGUCUUGAGAUCGAACUUUCAUUUAUCAAAGAGGCAAACAAUUUACAAUGUAAAACUAAAACUGCUACCAAUUCACCAUCCCCACAGAUUCGAAGACACUUGCUGUAGCCCCCAUAAUGGCAGUUGCACUAAUCACCAUUCUAGCACGAGUAUGACAAUCUGCAUGUGCACAUGUUAGUUGUUAUGGUGUUCCUUCAAAAUCUAUUUCCCAGAUUUCAGCGCCCGUUCCACUGGACAAAGGUAAUACGGACGAUUGGUUCCUUCACGUAACGCCCACCAAGCAUAACUGGCCUGAAUAAACUGUUUGUUAUAGCUGAAUUCAAACCUAAUAAACUAUUCAUAUUUCUGUGAGAUUCGAGUAAGUGCUUCUAGCUUGGCGAUGCUGAAUCCUGUAGUUCAUGAUCAGCUCUUUACCGCAGUACUACCCACUCCACUACACCCUGGAAUCAUUUAUCAUAUUAUAUUCACUGCAUGUCGUAACUGAUGGCCGUAUCCCAUGCGCAUAAAACCUGUUUCAAACGCCGUGCUACUACCGUGCCAAACUCAAUUGAUUUAAUUGAAUUCGACUUUAGUACGGCAGCUGCACGACGUUUGAAACCAUUAGUUUAGACACGUAGUCAUCAGGGUCAAUUAUAUAUCCUUCUAAAGGAGUCAGUCACAGACAAUGCAAUAACAUAGGACGAAUUAAUAAAGUCAUGAUAAGUCAUUAUGAAUCCAGACGCUGAUUGAAGAGAGUCUUUAGAUUCAUUUUGCACAUAAAUUUGAAGUUAUGCUUUCAAUUACCCCUCAGUUUGCGGCCUGAUUCAGUUAUAAGGCAGGAUAUGUGAAACUGAAAAGUUUAAGAGCUCUAAGCGUGUUUUCGAGUUUUUGUUCAAGCUUUGGUCUGAAUGAACACUCAAUGAAGCAAAGGACUACUGGAGUACUCACCUGCAGCUUACGAAAUAAACCAUUUACAAAUAUAGCUUGACUAAAUUCCCUGAUCAGGCAGUCCUUUUUCCUUUUUUGUCCCCCAAAAAAGGGCGCCUGAUCACAGGUUAACAUCAAGAAGAGGUGUUAUUGUCAAUGGGGAAGUUGACAACCGAUAAAAUCAUCAUAUAACGCACUGACUUACUCCUUUAAGUGGGAGAUUUCACAUCGACACUUAAAGCAUCGCUGCUUUUUGAGAAACUAUGCUUUAUGAGAUUGUCUGAAAUGUCGUUACCUUGAAAUCAGAGUUCAGGUAACAUAAGGCAGUCUAAAAGCUGGUGGAGACCUUCCACAGAACAUAUACGCACUAACGGGGUCCAAGUCCCCAAUUUUUCUUAAACAGUAAUGUGGCUUCUUUCACGUUCCACAAGAAUCAGAACAGUUAAAGACCGGUGAAACGGACCAGAGCCCACAGCUUUUCACCCUUUUGGAAGAAAGCGUAAUUGUUCAACCACUUGUUAAUGUGCGAACAAUGGCAUGUACAGUAAUUUAUGCUCACAGUUAAUUUAAGACCCUGAACGUUGGUCAGGCUCUCACGUCUCCUGGCCGGCCUCCCCUUGCCUUAUCAUUCCUCCCUGUCUAACGCACUUCCCUACUUUGCAAUUAUUAGUAUAGUCUAAAGACUACAGAGUUUCAGGCUACUUAAUAGCUCUCCUCAACUUUCAGGCCUAAUUAAUAUAAACUUUGGAUGACAGCCAGGAAAAGAGGAAAUGUUCGGCAAAAACGGAGGUCAGGUUUCUGAGAGUUGAAGGUUAUUAAUGAUAUCGUUAUACGGGACACGUCGACAGAAAAGCAUAACCACUGGAGGUAUGAGACUCAAGAAUUGCAAAAGUCGAGUAAACAGUCUUCCAGUUGCUUUAAGUUUAUCAUUCGUUUGGUUUUAAAUACCAACGCUCUAAAGCUGAGUGAUGGAGAUGUCAAAGACGCGUUCGGUCUCCAACACUCUAGUCUUUUCGUCAACAGUUCUCUCCAUUGUUUGUUUCAUGGCACUGGUUCAGGUUGAGGUCGAGCUUCACGCUCAUCGAAAAAUGCUUCAAAUCCUGACUUACGACAAAGAAGGAAAUGUUGCGCCAAGCCAAACUGGAAGUAACGAGCUGAUUGCUUUCCCGCCACACGGCUACUCGAGUAAAGGUGAGUGCCAGUUUUCUUACGUUGGUUGUUGUAUGAAUCCCCACUUAAACAAGAUAACAUGUAUACUGAAUUUACAAAGGUGAAAAGUAGAACUGAACAACACCGCAAAGGCAAACUUUUACUUCAGGAAUAAAACAGCCUAUGUGCACUUAAUUCCGCAAUGGGUUUAGUUAUAAAUAUUGGACAAAAAUCAGAGCAGCGGCAUCUUAUAUAAUUAAUGUGAAACUAUACUUGAACGGUCAUAUAAAACUGUGUACAUACAAACUUUAACAUGUUUUUUUUAUUUUUGACGAGAAUAAGGCAUAAAAAAAAUGGCAAAUGGGCUCCUUAUUUCUUUAAUUCAUGACUAUCUCGUACUACGAUAUUAAGUAUAUAUUAGCAUUUUGAGAGUAGGCUAGUUUGUAGAGGGCGAAAUAUGCAACGCAUGUUGCUUCUUUCUAUUUCAAUAUACGCAAAAAGUUAGGUGUUUAAUAUUACAUUAUCGAGACGGAAGUUUCGUUUCAGAUGUGGCGGUAGUACGUGCUAUAGUGAAAAUUUCCUCUUUAGCUAAACUGCUCACAGGAAGUGAAAGAAGAGAUGACAAAGCCGUUCGGCUACAUGAGGUCACAGGGUAUGGUAUAUUUCCUCAUACGAGCGAGAGACUCGUCUACACGUAUCAUGAUAUUUUAGAAAACGGAGAUUUUUUUCUCUACUUGAAUGAAAAAUAUGAGUCCAGAGGUAGUGUAAUGGAUCAUUUUUCGCCUGUCCGAACGAAAGUCCAAAUACGAUAGCAUCCCUGAUAGGGCAUGCGCUGUAUGAUGUAGGACAUCAUGGUAUUUAUUUGAAAACCUCCUUUUUCUCUUCUUUUCUUCCGUCAACACGUCGUCGCGACAACAACAGAUGUGUAACAUUACGUCCUGUAUGGUAGCAAACUAUGUAGCCGCAACACGUGGUAGUUUUGUACAGAAAAACCUCCCUUUGUCUGAAAGAAUAAGGAUAUCUUCUGCCCUGCUACAGGUCGAAAGCCGAGAUGGAGUCAAAAUAUCCGUUACUGUAACCAAAAUUCUUUACAAACCAUUAGUUAUUGAUUAAAAAAGAGAGAAUGGACACGCGUAAUGAUAUUCGCAGGAUUGACAUGUAUUUGAAAAUAGCAAUACAGUAAUACACAUAUAACAAAGAGAGCCACAGAGAUGCUUCAACUGAAGAAACAGGGAUAAAACCUGCAAAAUAUAUGGAGUGAUAUUUUAACUCACAAGAGAAGAAGGCCAGAAUUUUCUAAAAUUUGGUUUUAUCACCAAUUGUGUUUAUGAUUUAAUUGCAGAAACACACGGUCGCUACAAACGCAGCUCAAAAAGUAAAAGCAAGAAAUCAAACACAAGUCUAAUUGUCAGUCGUGACGACAUCAAAAGAGAAGUCCAGCUGGCCCUGAGUAGCCUGGCCUGUAAGGUAAACUGUCCGAGAGGAAUAAGGGGAAGACGAGGAAGGCCUGGUGCCCAGGCAAGCAUGGUCCUCCCGGACCGCGUGGACCCCAAGGACCUAAAGGAAACAAAGGUACUCAAGGAGAUCAGGGGCCUCCUGGACCUAAAGGCGAUCAGGGCCCUCAAGGACCCAAGGGCGAUCCUGGUGAAUCCAUCUCAGCUCCUUCUAUUGUGUCACCUCCAGUGCCUAUGGUUGUUAACGAAACUGGUAUAGCCACAUUGCAGUGUGAGGUUAAAGGAAAUCCACAACCACAGGUCACGUGGCUGAAACAAAACUUCAGUCUUCUCUCCGAUAAACGAAUCGUCAAAUCACGUGGUGGAUUAAUUAUUAGAGAUGUGACGUCGCAAGAUGGCGGACUCUACACUUGUAAGGCAAGAAAUAUACUUGGAGUUAUUACAUCAUCCGCAGCGUUAACUGUGCAAGGUACAUAAAAAAGCCUACUUAGCUUUAACUUGUCUUAAUUCAAUUAUUUAUGAGCUUGUCGUAUAUAUGUGCGUGUUAUCAAAGGUUAGAAUGAUGCUAAAAAUUAGUUUAUUACAAGUAAAUACGUUGACUUCUGGCAAAAGCAUCUCAACAAAUAGAGCGCAGGUCGGCAACAAAAAAAGCUGGCUUAAUUCUUCGUUGUGUAAAUAAAUGCAUUCAAAUUUUUUGAAAUAUUUUAACGUAAUAAAUUGCUUACAUACUGUCUCUGCAAGUGCCAGGAGCGCCCCAUGCAACGACAAUUUUCGGAAAAUAUCUGUUCGGAGGACGAUUUGAGAUCUAGAAUUUUCGGAGCAUUUGUUGUAAAAUUUCUUGCUUGCCUGCCUUUCCUAGGAUUUUCGAACAUCUAAAAAAUGGUGUAAUUUCCCAUUUUUAACG